AAGCAAAAUGGCGGAUCAGAAUGAGCGUUCAUUCCAAAAGCAGCCGACGGUGUUUUUGAACCGUAAAAAAGGCAUUGGUGUGAAACGUAGCCGCAAGCCACUGAGAUACCACAAAGAUGUGGGGCUCGGUUUCAAAACGCCCCGUGAGGCGAUUGAAGGCACAUACAUCGACAAGAAGUGUCCGUUCACUGGAAAUGUCUCGAUCCGCGGUCGUAUCCUCACUGGAGUAGUGCAGAAGAUGAAGAUGCAGCGCACAAUUGUCAUCCGCCGAGACUACCUUCACUAUGUCAGGAAGUACAACAGAUUUGAGAAGAGGCACAGGAAUAUGUCUGUACAUUUGUCACCUUGCUUUAGGGACGUUGAACUUGGAGACAUUGUGACCAUCGGUGAAUGUAGGCCUCUGUCCAAGACUGUGAGGUUCAAUGUUCUGAAGGUCUCCAAAGGCAAGGGUUCCAAGAAAUCGUUCAAAAAAUUCUAAUCUAAUAAAAUUACUUCAUAAGU